CCUACUUUUUUUGUCAACUCGGAGGGGAAGUAAAUCUAGAUCUAGAUCUAGGACUCGGUUUAUGAAUGAUGCUUCAAACUUCAUUUAAAUUGUGCGUUUCCAGAGCUUUGAAUUUGAAUACGUUUAUGGUCGCUUGUGUAAAUCCAGAUCUAGAUCUAGAUGUAGGAUAGCUGUGAAGUAACUAUAAGCCUAGGCUGGGAUAUAAUUUAUGAUGACACAAAUUGUGGGCCUCCCUCCUACGGGUUUCUAUUGAUGGUGAAAUACCGCUGCCCCUAAAAUAGAUUUCCCAUACGUGCUAAGCUGUCGCUGGGCUAUCGUGCGUGUAUUGAAUUGGAGCAGAUCGAGUAGCCUAUCAUGCAUAUAAUAUAAACACUCUGUCUGUAUUCAAAUGCAGAUCUACGCAUUCUGAGGCACCUCAACACUGACUGACAGUCGCUCAAACUCAAAGAAACCACAGCUGGGGCAGUGAGGCCUACUAAAACACCACUGUUCACUUACGAUGGAGACAUCAGAUUUAAUCAUCGAUGGUAUUUUCCUGGGAGGAAUAACGUCAGCCAAAAAUGAGAAGGAACUACAAGCUAACAACAUCACUCACAUUCUCUCAGUAAUGAGGAAGCCUUUGCCGGAGUCUGUGAGGCACAGUCGAGUCUGUAUGAACAUCAACGCAACUGAUACGUACAAAUGUGACCUUCUACAGUGGUUCCCAGACGGCUUAACCUUCAUUGACAAGGCCCGGAAGAAUGGAGGGAUUGUAUUGGUUCACUGCCAAGCUGGGCGGUCUCGCAGUGCCACUAUUGUCAUCGCAUACCUCAUGUACAAGCUUAACCUGAGCUUCAAAGAGGCCAGAGACAAAGUGAGGGAGUGUCGGCCAGUCAUCAGGCCAAACAAAGGCUUCAAGGAGCAGCUGUUGAGGUUUGAGUUCAUGGGCUCUUCCAUCAAGGCUGGGAGCUUUCUCUCCCAAUCUGGUAAAACCAGAAAGCCAGGCACUAAACUGAAAGACUCUCCAGAUUAUGAUGAAGAAUCCGAGGAAGAAUAUGAUGAGGAUGAUGAUUUUGUCGAGGAAGCCACAGGGAGACUGACAGACGCACAAGAGGAGAAUGGUUCCGUAUUUCGGUGCAAAAAGUGCAGAAUGGUACUAUUUCAUGAAAGUUAUUUAACUUCUCACCUCUCGGGAGACCAUGAGAGACACAAAAAUUCAGCCAGUCACAAGCAAAAGGUACCCAGUGAAGUGCGUAAGAUGAACUGCGAACGAGCCAUAUUUGUGGAGUGUUUGCCCUGGAUGGAGGGAGAUGCCAGUUCUGACUCUGGAGAGAUCCAUUGUCCAAAGUGCCGUGCUGUCAUUGGUUCAUAUGUUUGGCAUGGAGAGAAAUGUCCGUGCGGUGCUUGGGUAGCCCCAGCUUUUCGGGUCAACAAUCAAAAAGUGGAGAAUAUUGCAUCUCAUCAAGCACUUGCUCAAAUGAACAAAGUGGAAUGUUCGGAUUUACCCUCCGAUCUCACAGAAUCUGGGGCAUGUGGUGUCCGUGUUGAGGAUGUGGAGAACUGCACAGGCGGACUCGGUGUCUUGAGUUUGAACGACUCGAGAAAACAAACAGAUCACGGGUCUCCUUGAUUUGACUGACUGGUUACAUUUGAAAUUGUGAAGAAUAUUGACAUUAAAUAUCUGAUCUGCUUGUUCGCUUUUCCAGCUUACGAGUCCAUGGAUUA